AUGGAAAUACCCGAUACAAUCCUUCCACCUCAGUGUCAGGCUAUCACGACAAGUUUCAGCCAAUUUGGGCUUCAAGAGGGGAAGUACGACUGGCCAGUGGGAGAUGACGAGCUAGUCCACGGGGUGAUUCGGUGGAUAGAGGCACGGGCGGAGGCUCACAAGACUCUCGCUGUGUGGAAGCAGUUCCUCCUCCCCGACUACCCUGCGUACAUCGCGUCCCGAACUGCCCUGCGUACGGGGAACUUCAGGCUGAGGCUUGAUGUCCUUCGCCGUAUCGCCCUUAUCUUUUACAUCACCGGCAAAGACAAGUACCAGUUCCUCGUGGUAGACCACCUGACGGAGACGUUGACGAAAAGGAUCUUUUCGAGCACCAAAGAAAAGCUGGCACCGAUUGCCCAGCUGCGCGAAGUCGCCAUCUUCGACUUCGAAUCGCAUUUCAUCGAGAAACCACGCACGGAAAGGGACCGCUGCAGAGGGUUGUCGGUGAAACGUGCUCCAGCAGUCAGGGCGGCGAUCGACUGCUUGAGGGAGAGCACGGCAUUCAAGGGCGAUGAUGGCAAAGACAAGGUCGUGGCAUUGGACGGGAGAGUCCUUCCGCCGGUCAAGUGGCAAGAGAUUCUCCACGACCACGAUAAGGCUACUGCGGAAUUUCGAGAGCGUGUCCUCUACUAUGUCUUCAAGAAAAACAAACUAAAGGGCGCGACCAAGCAGAAUUUUUUCUCCAUUCCGGCUAGGAACAGCACCAACAAGGCCACGAAGACUCAAGGAAGGUCGUCUGCCCUGAAGGAUUCCGUCGGCAAUGCCUACGCGGGGGGAAACGAGUGGAAGGCAUGGGCACUGAACUUGCUUGAUGCCGUCAGAGAAGGAGGGGGUGUGGUGACACAAGGCCAGAUGCUGGAAAUGGUGGGGUCCAUAGGCGCGGCCACGCCGUACAGCAUGGCCAACGCGACGGGAGGUGAGGAAGAGAGCGUGCGCAACAUAAACGAAGUAGUGGGUUAGUCCGACUAGACAGAUUAAGCACUGAAGGACGUUGUCAUCUCGAGCUUUUGCUCCCAGCCGAAUUUGACCCACUCUCAACACCCGGGUAUCUGAGUAUGUAUCAAUGUGUUCGCCCCCCCCCCACCCCCAUACACCCUGUUGGAUAUGUCUCAUUUUAACGCGAAAGGAGCCAAGCACGCCAAGAAGGCGGCAGGUCCGUUGAAAUGGGUCAGAGAGCACUGUUAGACCUCGAGAUUAGAAGUUUUUCAGGGCGAAAAACUGAACUUGGUCGCUAGCCGAAUACACUUUUCAAAAUAUUUUCCAAUCAAUCAAAACAGCAGGAUGAGCGGACACGUCACAAAAUUUUGCACAAGCCCGAGACUUCUUUGUCACCACAUGCACGAGCUGGGUACAGCUCACUCUCUGUGCAUUUCCGCCUGCCAGAAGUCCGGUCACGGCACCGCCGAAUGCUACACAUCCGCUCCUCUUCGUUUUCCAGCAUCCGCGCUUGCUUCUUCGCUUCUUCCUCUGCCGAUUUUUGCUUUGCGGCAAGCUUGCGCUUCACCGCAGCCGCCUGUUUCAGCUUGUUGACGUGAGC